CUUCAGUCUUCUGACUCAGUGAGAGCUCUUCAUUUGUUGCACGUUUAGACGGGAGUUCCGACGCACCUGAACGAUAAUUCUCAUCAAGCACUCUAUUGACUUCAAUACACAUCGUCGUCCCAACUCGGCGUGUCUUUCGAUCGGCAGGUGCCGCAACGCAGCAUUCAAUACACCUGGUAAAGAAGGCGAUGGGCGUCUAACGCUCGAAGCCGCGUUAUGGCAUCGGCAUAGCUGUUGCUUGCACCCAUGUCUCAACCACCACAGUGCCGAGCGUUCGCUAACACGGGCCAGUGCAGAUUUGGGUCAAGAUGCAAAUUGUUCACGAGCGGGCUUCCAGCUCUGCAGAAGCGUCUUCUGAGACUGGCCGAUCUGCAACAUCUCAGCGUGCCAAUGCCUCCCGUGCACGCGCCUUGAACAUCCCAAUAACAGCCUCACAAGCCUCGAUAGGGCCUCGAUCGUCUGUGAAACGAGGCGAAGUGCCCUGUAAAGCAUGGCGCAGUGGCAACUGCACGAAAGGGGACCGGUGUUUUUUUGGACACGAUCAACAGGUCCAGGAUCAGGCACGAAUACGCACGGAGCAGGCGGCCCAAGAGCAGGCCAGAAGAGUUGCGGCGCAAUUGGAAGCGGGACGUCGGGCACAGGCCGAAGCUGAGCGCCAGCGCGAGCUUCAAGCUGCGCAGAGGACCCAACAACGCGAACGCGAUGCGGAGCAAAGAGCUCGAAAUCGGCAAAUGGAAAUCGAGAGAGCACAGCAGCGUGAGCUCGAAGCCACCCAAAGAGCACGGCAGCGCGAACUGGACGCUGCAUUCACAUUGCAGCACAUAGUUUUCGGCGCUAGCGUUGUGACUUUUGCGGCGGGCAUCGAUAUCCAGGAUGUCAUCACUGGCUUCGAAGCGUGCCGCAUCCGCAUUCAAAACCUCCCCCGCACAGCGAAGCCGGAUGAGAUCAAGCAGCUGUUCACACAACAAGGCAUCGACGCGAAGCGCUUGUUCAUCGCGUCAACUAGAUUGACGCCUGAUGGGCACAAGGAUGUCACGCUGGUCACCACCUCGGAGGAGGGUGGCAUCGUGGCGAUUGUUUGGAGGACAUCGAGUUUGGGGACGAGCGGUUGCACUUCGAGGUGAUGAGAGCUACAAGGAGGGCGGAAUGGGCAGCUUCGGCACGAACAAUGCGUCCAACACCCUGACGAUGACCUGGCCCGCCCCGUCGACCAGCGCGAUCGUAACCUUCGUUACUGUCGAGCAGGCGAGAGCCAAAGCUGGGUUCCUUAACCGAGGAGUCUGUGAAGGCCGCCGGGUUCGGGCGGAGAUGAAUAACCCGCCCCGGGCCAGUAUCAAUGUGGCCCGUGAAGUCAAGAUAAGCAGGCUACCUGUUGGGGUCUCUGCAACUCAGGUGCAAGAAUUCUGCGGGGGAAUGAUCUCGAAAUUCCUCAGACCUCUGUCGUACGACGUUGAAGCUGGAAUCGCUGCUCUAAGACAGGACGUGGAGAGAAUAGAGGCUCCAGAGGCGUUUGAUGUCGUCACUCGAGAUGGUCUGGAGGGCAACAUCGUGGUCAAAGCCCGCUUCCCGAACUGGGAAACAGCCAAGCGAGUGCAAGACUCUGUAUCAGGACUACGUCCAGUGUAUAUGGGUCAAUGCUCAAUCCGCGGCCAUCUACCAGAUCCUCUGCAGUACGUGCUCGCCAUUCCAACCGCACAGUUCCAAGCACAGGAACGAUCUUGGAACUCUUUGGAUGGCAUCCGUGUCACGCACAUGAAUACUCAUGUCCGUAUCCGUGUUGUCGGAGGCGACAAAACCGUCCUGGGGAAACUCAAAGUGCGCGUUGAGAAGCUCGCUGCGGGCGAGAAUCUGGGCCCUGCGUGCUGGAAUGACACUUUUCGAUCCAAGGCGGGCGCAGACUUUCUCAGCUCGUUGCACAGCCGCACUGGCGCUUACACACGAGCAGAUUGGAGGAUCUCUGCGGUCAAGGUGUACGGUGAUGCGGCUGCGGCUGCGAACGCUAGAGAAGCCGUCGAGGAAGAGAUCCGCCGCUUGAACAGUCUGGUACAAACUUUUUUUCAUGAAGCGGCACUCUGUGCGGUUCCUCGUUGUGCGCGGGCUGGACGCGUCGAGAGAAGAAGUGAAAGCGAAUAAUGCGAGACUGGUGGUGACGGGCCGACCGCCGAUUGUGAUUGGAGGAAAGUGACGAGGUGACGAUGCUAUCUAGCUGUUGCAUUGACUCGUGGAGGAGUCCCAUUCCGGUGUUCAACACAAUGCGACGGGCAGCAGCUGCUAGUUUGUUUCGAACCGUGAGCUCGCAGGUCGACCUGCAGCUCCAGCCGCGGCCCCUCAGAAAGGGGAUUGUUGGUGUGUUGUGAUCCAAAAUCUCAUCUUGUUAUCGAGCGACUCCGAGGGUGGCACCACAGUCCUGCUGGGUAGCAACUGAGUAAGUAGGAAGUACCGGGGUCGGAUAAUUAACCAAGUGGAAUGGCCAGCCAUGGAAACCUCUGACCUCGACUCGCAUGGGGCAUGUGCAAUCGGUAAAAAGCAUCGAAUUGGCUCUCAGCUCGGCCUGUGCCGCGUUCGCAUGGCAAUGCCCACUUCUCGCAGGCUCGCAGUGCCCAGAAAGCGUGAAGCGAAGUGCUCCAACCCUUGAUUACGUGAGGGCGUGGAUCACGGACGGGCCUGCGCUCCCAGGCACGGGAAACAAGUGCUCUGCUCCCGCAAAUCCUGCCUUCGAAUGAUCUGUAUAAUAAUAAUAAUAUAGGCUCCCGAGAAGCACCCCUCGCGUCGUCUAGGGACCGCACGGAGCUUGUGACCGACAAGCCGAUCACCCAAUGGCAAGGAGUCUCGGUGACCACAUCAGCAAUACCACCGAGCUGCGAGCGGCUGGCGGGGAGCGCGAACCUUCGGGCCGGACGGACGGACAUACGCGGAUUUCGAUGGAGACUUGGAAGCCCGCCUCGCCAAGAGCUCUCGGCCGGCGCGAUACGAUUUACUUCCGGUGCAGUAUAAAAGUUGAGGGGAUGAACUGCCCGGGUCAUUCCUCAACCAACCCACCCACCCGUCGCCGGAACAUGCAGCUGUCCACUUCCCUCCUGAACGUCCUCGGUCUGAUCUCGCUGGCGUCGUGCGCGGCGGCACAGAAGACGCCGCUGUGCACGCUCGCUGCGUCCGGGGGCGACGACGCGCCGCAGUUCCUCAAGGCCGCGCAGACCUGUACGCAGGUCGUGAUCCCCAAAGCGACGACGCUGAACAUCGCGACGCGCCUGAACAUGACGGGUCUGUCGAAUACACACAUCAACCUGCAGGGGAAGAUCCGCUUUGCCCCUAAUCUCCCGUACUGGAUCAAAAACUCGUUCGCCUUUGCAUAUCAAACCCAGAUCACAUGGUGGCUGCUGGGUGGAAACAACAUCCUCGUUAACGGAGGAGGAACGAUCGACGGCGCGGGUCAGGCGUGGUACGACGAAUUCGUCUCGAACAAGACCCUGCCUCGGCCCAUCUCGCUGACGAUCAUCGACGCGAAAAACGUGCUCGUGCAGAACAUCUCCAUGAUCAACUCGCCCGAGUGGUUCAACUUCCUCGUCAACGGCCAGAAUGUCACCUACGACGGCCUCACCCUCACUGCGGCCAGCACCAGCAGCGCGCUCGCGAAGAACACAGACGGGUGGGACAUCUACCGGUCGUCGGAUGUGACGAUCAAGAACUGCCACAUAAAGAAUGGCGACGACUGUGUUUCGUUCAAGCCGAAUGUCACCAACGUCAUCGUCGACAACUUGACCUGCGAUGGAAGCCACGGAAUUUCAGUGGGAUCCUUAGGCGAAGUUAACGGAGUUUACGACUAUGUUCAAAAUGUGGUUGCCACGAACGUCGUGAUGAGCAACUCGCAGAACGGCGCGCGGAUCAAAGCAUUUGCCGGACAGAACAGAGGCCUUGGAUUGGUCAAGAACAUCACCUUCAUGGGCUUCAAGGAGUCGCAGGUUGAUAAUCCCGUCGUCAUCGAUCAGUGCUACAUGACUACAGCUGCCGACUGCGCGAAAUACCCGUCCAACGUGUACAUCCAGGACAUUUUCUUCAAGAACAUCACUGGAACUGGCACACGCUCGGUCACGGCCAAACUCUCCUGCUCGCCAGGAAACCGCUGCACCGAUAUUAACGUCAACGACUUCUCUCUCACUCCCAAGUCCGGCUCGGGCUACUCCUGCCAGAACGUCCAGCUCACCGGGAAUGCCGCGAAGCUGUUCCCGACCUGCACUGUCACAUAGACGGUCUCAUUGCUGCGAUCACAGGCUUUAUUCUAAUCUCAAAGAGUACUUGAGUACUCGUUGUAAUCAACAUGUUCCCACGGUUUAUCAUACAUACAACCAUCUAAUCUUAUCGCGCACGGAAA